CUCCUUUCUCUUCUCUUCUUCCGAGAGUUCACUCCCAUCCUUGGAGGUCUGCUUCUUCCCUCUUCUGAGUAGAAGGUUCCGCCUUUGCGACGAGUCCAUUCUCCUCUGCUCGUGAUCAGCGACGAUCGAAGAGAGAUGAUCGAAUUCAGCAGAAGAUCGAAGAUGAAACCCUUGUCCCAGUAGCUCCUGCCUCCAAAUCUCUCCUUGUAUCGUAAUGGUAAUGGAAGCAAUCGAUUGGAUUCUAAGAAGAAGAGCGAAACAUGGAUCCAUCUUCGGCGAGUGGGUAGAGGGCGAAGUGAGGAAGCUGCGGCGCCUGCGACUCUCCUUCUGGUCCUGCCCCCCGAACCGCCCUCCCGGUUCCUGACUUCCCAACAAAGAAAUUUCUUCUUCCUUUUCCUCCUCCUCCUCUUCUUCUGCUUCUUCUUCUUCAAGCUCUUUGCCUUUGGAUUCUGGCUCUGCUCCUGGGUCGUUUCUACAGCCGAUGGGUUCUGUUCCUGUUGGGGAUUUGGGGUUCUUGAGAGGGUUUCCGAAUGGACUGGGGUUCGGUUUCGGAUCGGAUUCGUCGUCGUCAUCGACAGUGUUGGACCUGGAAAGAAGGGAGUUUGUGAAGGCGCCUUCGAGGCUGGGGGGCAAGAAGGAGGGCGGCGGGGUGGUGGAUGCGAAGACAGCGUUGGCGCUGAAGAGCCAUAGCGAGGCCGAGAGGCGGCGGAGGGAGAGAAUAAACCACCACCUGGCCGUGCUGAGGAGUAUGAUCCCCUGCGCCGACAAGUUGGACAAAGCUGCGUUGCUCACACAAGUGAUCAACCACGUAAAGAAACUCAAGAAGAAUGCCGCAGAAAUCAGCGAAGGCUACACUAUACCAUCCGACGUCGAUGAGGUGAGGGUCGAAGUUGAAGGAGAUGCAACGAAGAGUGGCAGCUUUAUAGUCAAAGCAUCUCUAUGUUGUGAGGAAGGGCCGGAGAUCCUGACAGAUCUAAGACAGACACUUCAGAGCCUGCAUCUGAAAAUUAUCAGGGCUGAGAUUUCAACUUUAGGUGGCCGAGUAAAGAAUGUUCUUGUGAUGACGUCUGAUGGAAGCUCCCGCGCCAUCGACAAGCAUGUUUUAAUGGCUACUGUUCACCAGGCACUCAAGUCCAUACUUGACAGAGUCAACUCACAGGUGGACUUUCUGCCAAGGACCUCAUUUUCUAGCAAGAGGCGAAGGAUCUCACCGUUCGAGUCCUCAAGCUCCUCUUCAUCACUUUUAUACUGAGGAGUCGAAGCUUGCGACUACGCUAUUGUUGAUGCUACUUUGGUUUGCUUACCGUGUGUGAUGCUUUCUUUCAGAUGUCCUGUAAUAAAUAAACUUCAGAAUGCUUGUUAGGGAAGCCUGCAGUAGGUUUCCGUUGCAUUGAACUUCUAGAGCUUCCCUUCUAAGAAGCUGGUGCUUGUUCGAUUGAUGUAUGAUCUCCAUUGUUCAUGAGGAGUAUGUUGUAUUGGGGUUGCUCGUAUGUAAAACAGCUCUGUAUGUGAACUCGAUGAAUUACAGCAGUAACUCUUUGAUUA